UGUAUCUGUGUUUGGUGUUUAGUGCCAGGAAGAAAAGAGAAUUUCAAGCCAUUGAAAGGCUCUCCAUUCCAGGCCCUGCUGAAAAGAGUUUGGCCUUGCCAGGAAAAGUUUCUCCAGUGCAAUGGAGACUCUCAGUGAGAAAGUUGCACAUGGGGAGGAGAAUAUUCAAUAUCUGGUGUUCAAUGGACCAGUGGAACUCAGAAGAGGUUGUAGCAGUAGGAAGUGUCAUCUCCAUUUGUACAGAGACUUCUUGGUUGUGACUAAUAGUCGGUGUAAGAUAAACUUUAAGAUAAAAUACAUCAUCCCACUGAGUACCCUGUGGAUGGGGGAGUGUGUGGUCACCGACUUUGUAGGCCCCAGUCGGGCCAGGAAAUCCAUUCUCCUGGGAUGGCCCAUGGAGAAUUUUGUGGCCACCUUUCGUUCCUCAGUCAAAAAGAGAGAGUGGUGGACUGUGCUUCAGAGAUCCAUUGAUGAACAUAAGCAGAAAGACAGUGGAAAGAGUAUCACACUUGAGAUACUCACAGAGGACAUCCCAAGCUGGAACACUGUAUGUUCACAAAAGACCAAUAUUAUCAUUGUGUGA